AUGACCUUUUAUGACGUUGGGUCGGACAGGAGGUCGGAUGCUGAAAAGAGGACAGACUCUUGGGAGUCCAAAAGUUCACAGGAGGACUCGGAUCGCCCAGACGGCUUUCUCGUAGAUCCCGAUCUCGAAGAACAAGACAUCACUAACUCCCGCAACCGCACAAUCUCUGACAACUGGGAGACACCCGAAGUCGAAUUAAAUACUGAGCUCCAAAAGGCGUCGAUUCAAGAAGAUAGGCGAACUCUACCCGCAGUAAUAAGAUGGCACGAGCCGUGCAAAUCCGUAUAUAUCGUCUGCAGCGCUGAUAACUGGCAGAAAAAGCAUUUCCUUCAAUUGGAUAAAGUCGACUCAAGGAGCUCAUCCCGUCAUGAAAGCGUCUAUCUUACGAUAAUCGAGCUUCCUGAAGGGCGCCACGAGUACCGUUACGUCGUCGAUGGCGUAGAUCGUCAUAAUCCGAAGGAAAAAACGAUCGAGAACCAGUUUGGCGGACUCAACAACGUACUUCGAGUUCGCGAGGAAGAUUUCGAAGCAUUAGAUGCUCUACUUAUGGACGCUGCUGCUGAAAAAUCGGAUUCAGAUAGCGAGUACGGCCAAGUUGAACCGAAAAUGCUGACGCCGAUGGAAGCGAUGAAAGCGAGGAAUCAACCGCCAGCGCUUCCAAAUCAUCUACUUCACAAGAUUUUGCUGAAUCAAGAAACCUCCCUUGCUGUUGAUCCGUCACUCCUCCCCGAGCCGUCAGUCUCGCAGCUCAAUCAUCUUUACGCGCUCUCCAUCCGAGAUAAUACGCUUGCCAUUUCAGCGACUCACAGGUUCCGAGGACGCUUCGUCACAACCCUUCUCUACAAACCAAUAGAACCACCUCCUCCCCGCUCCAGAAAUCCCUCCGUUCGAGUUCCAGCAUAA